ACGUUUUUUGAAGAGUAACACACCGAAAUGGCCCUGACUGAAAAUUGCAGGACUUAUCAAACGCCCAAGGACAGUGGAUGUGCUCAGAGUUGCUCUUCUGAUGUGGUGGAGCUCAAUGUAGGUGGACAGGUGUACUACACUCGCCAUGUCACCCUCACCAGUGUGCCAAACUCACUGCUGGGUAAAUUGUUCUCCUCUAAAAAAGACAUUUCUAACGACCUCACGCAGGACAUCAAGGGACGCUACUUCAUCGACCGGGACGGAUUUCUCUUUAGGUACGUGCUGGACUAUCUCCGCGAUAAGACUGUCGUCCUGCCGGAUUAUUUUCCGGAGAAGGGGAGGCUGAAACGCGAAGCUGAGUUUUUCCAGCUGCCCGAGCUCGUCAAAAUCCUAACCCCAGAUGAUUAUAGUCACAGUGAUUUUGACGAAGCAUCCCAGGGAAGCGACCAGAGGUUAUAUCCAGCCUCUUACCUGGACGCGCGCGACCGACGCUACGGCUUCAUCACGGUCGGGUACAAGAGCUCGUGCGCAUUCGGGAGGGACACUGAUCCCAAAGCCCGCGGAAUACCCAAAAUCUUCAUUUGCGGAAGAGUCGGUCUGGCGAAAGAAGUUUUCGGCGACGCACUAAACGAGAGCCGGGAUCCUGACAGACCGCCGGAGCGUUACACUUCUCAGUUUUACCUGAAGUUUCGCCACCUGGAGCGAGCGUUUGAUAUGCUCGCGGAGAGCGGGUUCCACAUCGUCGCGUGCAAUUCAUCACUCACCACAUCUCCCCACAACAGGCAUGCUGAUGAUAGAUACUGGUCCAACAACACAGAGUACGUCUUCUAUCGUAAGUACAGCUUAUUUACUCUUUACGUUGUAUUACAAAAAGAAAGAAAAUAAAGCCAUUUGGCAAUGCUGGGUAGUUACUGAUCA